AUAACGCACGCUCGAGCCAACGCUCGAGCAGUGAGGGUUAAGGGUGUGCGAGUUGCGCGAGGGAAGGGAGGGCGUUCAAUUCGAAGCGAUUCUUUUAUUCGAAUGUAUCGGAGGAGUGAGAGUCUCGGGUUUUUUCUCUUCUUUCUUUCUUCCACGGAACAGGAAUAAAGACGGAGUGUGGUCUGCGCGAAGAAAGGGGCGUGAAAUAGGGGCGAGAACGAAUUGAAAUAUAAUAGCGGAGAUCCGAGCGAGGCUGGAUUCGACGUCGACGACGACCACGCUCCACUGGCGGCCAGCUAACCCAAUUUUUAUUGAUCGAUUUACGACUCGAUUAACGGAUAGUUUCUGGACAUAAACAGCAGGUGGGAACGAUGGAAAGGGCCACCGAGGGCGGUCUAGCACCGGAUGCUGCUGCGGGUGCAGGUGCAGGUGCAGGUUCCGAUGGAAUCGUCGGAGGUCCGAGAACGCCUCAACAGAUCGCAUCGCAGAAGCGACUGCAGGCGACGCAGGCGCAGGUGGACGAGGUCGUCGACAUUAUGAAAACGAAUGUUGAAAAGGUGUUGGAGCGUGAUCAAAAGUUGUCCGAGCUCGAUGAUCGAGCAGACGCGCUUCAACAAGGAGCAUCGCAAUUUGAACAACAAGCAGGAAAACUGAAGAGGAAGUUCUGGUUACAAAAUCUGAAGAUGAUGAUCAUCAUGGGCGUCAUCGGAAUAAUCGUAUUGGCCAUCAUUGUUGCGAACUUCAUGUAGACGCGCUGGUUGGUGGAAAAAGAUUUGUGUGUGAGUGAGUCUGAAGGUAGACACAGCAACAAAACUGCGACAUUGCGUAUUACUGUUCUCUCUCUCUCUCUCUCUCUCUCUCUCUCUCUCUCUCUCUCUCUCUCUCUCUGUCUAUCUGUUUCUACUUUUUCCUAUUUUUAUCCUUAUCUGUUCACGUAGGACAGUGUGUACAUGAAAUACCUGUAUACGGAUGUGUAUAUCUCCGUUCUCGUUGUUCUACAUUACCCUCCUCCAACUCCGUAUCCCUAUAAUCCUCGAUAAUUUAUUCGAAUUUUCAAUUCAUAUGUAUCCCCUUGUUGCAAAUGUUCGUAAUUUCGUAAGAAUCUUUCCUUUCUCGAUAAAAUAAAAACGGUGCGACGAAUGAUGAAACGAUGAUCAAAAAUCAAAAAUGUGGAAGAAUAUCGUCGAGGUGUACAAGGAGGAUAAACAAGAAAGGAAGAGUUAUACGCGAGAAAGAUCCUUAUGAAAUUGACGCUUAAUCAUCGGUGUUACGUUAUACGUAUCUGUCUGCCUGUAAUAGGUAUAUACUUGCUGGUGUAUCACUGUAUCUGUAUCUAUAUUUCCCUCUUACGAGUCACUGUCCUUCGAGGCUCGUUGUAUAUUCAUGAACCAUUGAUUUCAUCGGAUCGUGGCUUCAAUUAAGGAUCACGCAUAUAUCUAAGCAUAAUCAACGGGAGAAAAGUGUAGAGAAAUGGAAUGGUGUUUCAUGAAUUUUCGACGAGAAACUCUUGGUAAUCUCUCUCUCUCUCUCUCUCUCUGCAAAAGCAACACGAUCCAGACUAGCGACACGACAAACACGAACGUGGAGGCUUUGAGAACGAGUUUAAAGAUACGAGAGUAAAGAUAUUAAAAUGAUCGAAGACAUCGAUCUAAAGAUCAAUAAAUUGCAAACUAUCGAGUCUUGUGUAGGAAUGUUUUAGGAUAUUUAAAUUUUUAUAUUAUUAUCGGUUCAAAGCCUUCGCGUAGUUGUAGUUUCUUUGACUCUGUUGCGAGGGGAAUUCGUGUAAUUCGUGAAAAGAAAAAAAAAAAAUAGAAGCUAAAAGAAAACGAAUAUCGAAGAUGUUUCUUCGUGGAUCCAUGGAAUAUUUUCGAAGAAGAUAAUUUUUUGAAUUUUUUGAGGACGUUCCACGACAAGAUUAAUCGGUUUGGAACGCGACGAGAAAGAUGUUUUGAAAAGAAUACACAACCACUCACCCAGACCUGUGCCUCGUAAUCACUGUUAUGUGUCUGUCUGUACUUUUUGAUGGCAUUGCCCCCUGUCUUUUUUCCCGAAGUUGGUCCCAGCCAGUGAUUUUCAAUUUUUUGGUGGUCGAAAAAAGAUUGACGAAUGAAAAAUGAGUGCGAAAAAAAGUGCAAAUAAGAAUACCGUGUCGAACAAUUGAGAAAAGAAAAGAGAAAAAAAAAUAGGGAUUAAAUGUGGAAAUAAAACAUCGCGUGCAGUGAACAAAGAUAACGAAAAUGAACGAUAAUGUUAAGAUACCACCAAGAGAAAUGAAAACACGUAUGGACAACAAUCACAACGAACAAAAUUGACAACAUUAAUAACAACAAUAACAACAACAAGUUACUAAAUAUAUAUAUAUAUAUAUUGCUCCUAUGAAUAACAAUAAGAACAUCAACAACAUCAACAACAACAUCAAAAAUAGAAAGAGACUUCUAAGCUUUUAUUUCACUCCCACUCUUCUCUUCGUGUUACGGUAAGCUACAAUUUUUAUUGAUGAUGCACUUUAUCGAUAAUAAUUUUUUUUUUCAAAUUUCCUCUUCUCUUUCAUCUUCGAGACCGAGAUGCAAGGACAAGAAUUUUUCUCUUCCUCCGGCCUGCUAUGGUUCUAAAUUAUAUAACUCUUUUUUAACAUUUUUUUCUUUUUUUCCUACGCGCAGAAGUGAACAAUUCGAAUCUUCUCUCACUUUCUCUCUCUCUCUCUCUCUCUCUCUCUCUUUCUCUCCUCCGUGAAAAAAUAAACAAUAUCCAACUUAUAAUUUAUCUUUCGAUAGAAACUUUAAAGAAUUUGAUCAAUUUCUGCGCGCAGCUGAGAAGAUUCUUUCUUUUUUUUUUUUUUUUUUGCAUAUUUUCGAUUUCAGCAUGAAAUUUUUCCUUCGAUCUGUUCUUAUAUAUCUCUUUCGUCGUCAUUUAUAAUCUUUUUACCUUCUUCACGAACUCCGAACACUGUUCCAGAAUAUACAAUUACAUGGACAAAUAUAUAAUGAUAUAUAAAUAUAUAUAAAGAUAUUUCUAGGCGAGGAUAAUAAUUUUCUCCCAACGAAACAAAAAUAUAUAUUAUUUCUGGGACGAUCUUCACGCUGUGCACGUCUCUCUCUAAAGCUUGAGAACGAUUAUAGGGCAUGUUUUUUUGCGUUUUAUGUUUUCUUCUCUCUCUCCUUUUUUUUCUUUCUUUUUUUUCUUUACGUUUUCUUACGAUAGAUAUAGAUUUUCGUGCGAAUCGGGAAAGCGUAGCGAUGCAUGGCUUCCUCCUGGUUAUUAGACGUUUCUUGUGUGGAGGAAAGAAGUUCGAUGGAACGCUUUUAUCGGGAUCUGCUUCCAGCAGGUUACAAUGAUCCUUGUAUCGGGGAAAAUACGAAAAACGUUUACGUGGAAAAACGGGAAACGGAAACGAUUUUUAAAGAUUUGAGCACAAAUCGGAACGAUAACGAUGCGAGGCGAGAAACGCGAUAACAGUGUUAUCGAACGUUAUAAGCGUUAACGACGAAUUUCCAACCAGUAGUUGAUGUUAAAUGUGAUCGUAAGUUUGCAUGCGAUUUGUUUCACAUAUAGAUGUAGUAUUAUUAUAUCGUUUUGUGAUAUAUUUUGUAAAGAUUAGGUAAUUACAGUCGUGGGCAAAGAUAAUAAAAUUGUGAUAAUUAUUGGUUUAUUGCCACUUUGAGCGGUAUAAUGAAUUAUUUGACAAAUGAUAUCUAUGAUACGCAUUCGUAUUUUAUUGAAUUUUUUUAAAUAAAAUUAAUCAGAAAUUUUUCUCGAAUAAGCUUAUCUCGUUAUCGAAAAUAGACAUAUCUUUGUCCAUGAUCGUGGGUCGGCAUUCUGCAUGCAAAGAAUACCAAAAAAAAAGAAAAAAAAAGAACGAAAGAUCGAAACGAAACCAAGCGAUGUGACUGAAAUGUUCUCCAAGAUGAAAGACGUUGCAAAAAAAUAA